AUGGAGGACCCUACAGUGAUGGAGGAGUGGGUAGAGGACUUGGCCAUUACCGCAUCAAUUUCAUCUGACAGCGUCACCAGUGAGCCAAGCCUGGCCAACAAGGAUGGGGUGGAGGACCAAUCUGUAACCAUGACAGGCAAGGAUGCGAGCUUAACCAGUGUAGCCAUGGCUUCAUCCACCGAUGCCAUAACAAACACUGAAGUCAACCUAGCUAUGGCAUCAUCCACACACAGUGAAGCUAACUUAGGCAUAGCUUUAUCUACUGACGACAUUACAAACAAAGAAGCGAGUGGAACCAUAGCCUUACCCAUGUAUAGCAAGGCAAACACUGAUGCUAAGCCAGCCAUCCCACCCAUAGCAUCAGCAUCUUCAUCACCAGCUGCCACCAUGACAAACAGUGAUGCCAAACUAGCCCUCCCCUCACCUUUUUCAUCACCUGCUGCCAGUGGCCCAGCCCCCGGAGGCCUGCAGCCCGAGGAGGGAGGCCUCUCAGCAGUGAGGUCAUGCGGUAGUGUGGGGGUCACUCUGGAGAACAGCAGUGUCUGGAAGGAGUUCCAUCGCUGUGGAACCGAGAUGAUCCUCACCAAACAGGGCCGGCGCAUGUUCCCCUACUGCCGCUACCGCCUGACAGGUCUGGAACCAACACGCCGUUAUGCUCUGGUCCUGUCAAUCACCCCCGUCGACACAUUCCGCCAUCGCUGGAACCUGGAGUGGGAACCCAGUGGUCUUGGCGAACCACUCACCCAGGCCUCACGCAGAGUCUUCCCCCACCAGGACUCAUCAGCCCUGGGGAAGGUCUGGAUGGCCAGCCUGGUCUCCUUCUAUAAACUCAAACUGACUAACCACUGCCUGGACCAGGAGGGGCAUGUGUUGUUGCACUCCAUGCACCGCUACAGGCCCAGUUUACAUGUGAUCCCCAUCGCAGAGGGAGAUGACCUUGGCUUUGACCCUAAGCUGCUCUACCUCCAGCUCCUCAGUCCGGAUGUCAUGACCUUCACGUUCCCGCAGACAGAAUUCUAUGCUGUGACGUCAUACCAGAACACCAGGAUCACCCAGCUGAAGAUAGACUAUAAUCCCUUUGCUAAGGGCUUCCGGGAAGACAGCGGCAGCCCGCGCCUCGCCAAGCCCAGGCCAGAGCAGUCUCAGGCGGGGAAGGGAGAUACCCGCUCCCCUGGUCUGAGCUCCGCUAGGCCUGAUGGUGGUGAUGGGACUGAGCAGAUUGUGACUGUGAAUGGCGUGGCUGAUCUCAGGUUAGUGAAGCUUUUUGUUAUCACGUUGUACUGUAAUUCAGUUGUUCCCUUUCAGUCAGUCAACUCUGUACAACACAUCUAUGGGGACUUCGCGCUAACGCCCUCUACUGAAGAACAUUAGAAUCACAUCUGACAAGGCCAGUGAAAACCGUGCCUCACCGGAAGCCCCGCCAUCCACAGGUUAUUCUUAUGGCUCUUUAGCCUCGGUAACUGGUUGUAAGUAAGAUGACUAGCACAAACGAGUCGACUAAAGCUGUUAAGCCAGGUUCGAGUUCACAACCUUGCCCACAGUCAUGAGGUUUCACCAUGUCUUUGAAUGAUAUUUAUAAGUGUUGUUGUGUAUGUCUCAGCUGGGUGCAUGCUCAGAGUGCCCUGGAUCGAACCAGCUCGUGUGACCACUGUCGCCGGCUGCGUACAAGUUCUCUCAAGAGGUGUAUAUCCUUCCUUAGAAGGCUUAGUGGGACUGAAGUUGACUGGCUCAGGAUACGAAUGUGGGUCUAGGCUCGUGGUCAGAUCACAUGGAGCUAUCCUCCCAGCAUGGCGAUAUACACUGAGUAUACCUAACAUUAGGAACACCUUCCUAAUAUUUUUGCCCUCAGAACAGCCUCAAUUUGCUGGGAUAUGGACUCUACAAGGUGUCAAACGUUCCACAGGGAUGCUUGCCCAUGUUGACCCCAAUGCUUCCCACAGUUGUGUCAAGUUGGAUGGAUGUCCUUUGGGUGGUGGACCGUUCUUGAUACACACAGGAAACUGUUGAGCUUCAAAAACCUGUCAGCGUUGCAAUUCUUGACACAAACUGAUGCUACUGGCACCUACUACCAUACCCCGUUCAAAGGCACUUAAAUCUUUUGUCUUGCCCAUUUACCCUCUGAAUGGCACACCUACACAAUCCAUGUCUCAAUUGUUUUCAAGGCUUAAAAAUCCUUUAACCUGUCUCCUCCCCUUCAUCUACACUGAUUUUUAAGUGGAUUUAACAAGUGACAUCAAUAAGGGAUCAUAGCUUUCACCUGGAUUCACCUGGUCAGUCUAUGUCAUGGAAAGAGCAGUUGUUCUUAAUGUUUUGUAUACUCAGAGCAAGCUGAUAUCUGUCUCCUUCGGUGUUACACAGGACUCACAUUUGGAUGACGACGUGGUGUCUCUGGCCAGUUCCUGGUUUUUUUCUGAGACAGAGAUGGAGGGCUUGGCUUCGGGGCAGCCACAUGUCCUUGCUACGAAUGUAACAGGGGAAUCCCUGGCUUCUAGCGCACCGCUCAUUGAUCUAUGCCGUCGAGCAGCUGCACACAGUGGAGUGGGGCCGCAGCUUGACAAGGUGUACCGGGCCCAAGGGGUGGCUGCCAAUUCCCUGAACACGGUCUCAAUGCUGCAGAUUUACCAGACUGAGCUGUUGGCUGACCUGGCCACGGUUCUGGCUGCUGGAGAGCUGCACGCAGAGCUCCUGGAUGAGAUUUGUGCUACGGCCCAUUUCAUCUUGUGCAUGUCCAUCUCCAAGGCAUUCCUAGUUGAUCGGCAAACAUUUAUUUUUAAAAACUAAACGAUAAAGCCUUGUGGUCCUAUUUUUGUAUCUUUUUUUUAUCUUGCGCUGUUGGCGGUAGGAUCACCCGAUUUCAGCUGUCCUGUGCUCCGGGUAGGCGAAUUGUUCCAGUUUUGAACCAUUUAAUGUGUCAGAAGGUACAAACUCUGCCUUCCCGGCGAGCCCGGAGAACAGUAGCCCACGCACACCUAGCACGAUGAGAGGGAGGUGACAUGGUCCCCUCCCCAGAUAUUUGCUGUGACAACAGUACCCCCAAGUGGCAUGGCCAACCCAGGGUGGACCGGGCUUCAGGCAAAUGUCAGCACUUAAACACAUUGUUUCUACACCAAGUUCCACGGUCUUCACAGGUGUCAAGAGUUAUGUCCUUCACGUGAGCUUACAGUCAGACACUCGGUUGUCGAAAGGGGUGGAAAUAAAAAAAGGGGUGAAAAAAUAACCAAAUUCUUCCAGUCCACAAGGUGGCGUUCUGCCCCUUCAGAUGGCACUUUACGGGAGACUCGGUGUCUCUGUCGACCAAUGACGCUCAUGCGCAGCGUAGCCCUCGAUUAUGCAAACAGUGACGUUGGGGUACAGGCUACAAUUCAUUGUGCUUCCCCCACGUUUUUACGACGUCAUUACAUCGACUGUUCCGGAGGCCUCAAUGCCCAUUUUGAGAGAGGAGAUUUCUUCCCUUCUCCAGAAGGAGGCGAGUGGUUCCUAUGUCAGAGGCCCAGGAUUGCUGGUACAGCUGGUAUUUCCUGGUUCCAAAAAGGGGAGGGAUUUGUGUCCCAUUUUUUGACCUGGGUGCCCUGAACAAGCACCUCAGGGUCUACAAAUACAGAAUGCUCACAAACAGCUGGUUGUUAGUCAGUGCGCCAGGGUGAUUGGUUCACCUCCAUCAACCUGAAGGAUGCGUACUUUAAUGUGGCCAUAUAUCCCCUUCACAGAAAGUUCCUGAGGUUCCAUUUCGAGGCUGUAGCCUAAGAGUUUCGGACUUUCCCUCUCGCCUCGCACUUUCACCAAAGUUGUGGAGGUGGGUUUGGCACCUAUGUGGUUUCUGGGGCUCAGGAUAUUGGACUACCUGGACAAAUGGCUGGUGGUAGCGGAGUCGAGGGAGCAGGUGGUGUUACACACCCAUGCUGGUUUACCAUGUUCAGUCUCUGGGUUUCAUAGUGAGUCAAGAGAAGAGCUGUUUCACCCCAUCUCCGCACAUUCUGUUUCUGGGUCUUGAGUUACUCAGUCGAGAAUCAUGCAUUCUUGUCCCCGCAGAGGGAGGCUCGUGUCUGGCUUUGCUUGGCUCAAUUUCGGUUGGGUCACACAGUGCGUUUUCACAAGUGCCUGCACCUUUUGGGGAUAAUGGCUUCUAUGAUAGCCGUUGUUCCCUUCGGGCUGUUGCUGAUGCAACCUUUCCAUCCGGUCACUCCGGAUGUCCCAGUCAUGCUUACAGGCUCUGACUCGGUGGAGGGACCCACAGUUGUUGUUGCUGGGGACCCCAUGGGUCAAGUUAUAUCCCGAAAGGUGAUCACGACAGACGGAUCCCCCCCAAGGGUGAGGUGCACUGUGCUAGGGCAUCUCAAUUCGGCGUUGUGGACAGUGUCGCAGAGCACGCUGUACAUCAAUUACCUGGAGCUGUUGGUGGUGUACAUAGUGCUCAGACAUUUUCUCCCAUUGUUGGCAGGCCAGCAUGUGCUGGUGAGGACCUACAAUGGGACAGUGGUGGUGUACAUCAACAGACAGGGAGGGGUGCGAUCCCGCCCCGUCUUAUCCUUCGCUCGCUUCCUACUGCUGUGGAGCACUGCGCACUUUCCCUCGCACGGGACAACAUAUCUCCCCAGGCACCUCAACACAGGUGCGGCUCUGCUAUCCAGGGGUCCCCCGGUCUCGGGAGUGGAGUCUACACCCCUGGGUCUCCCAGACAUGGGAAAUGUUGGACAGGGCCGAUGUAGAUCUUUUACGCAUUGUGAGAACGCACAUUGUUGGCUGUUGUUCUCAAUAAGGGACCUGAGUGCUCCGUUGGGAACGGAUGCUCUCGCGCACCAGUGGAGACCCUCCUUUAUGCAUUUCCCCCUGUGGACCUGAUUCAGCCUACACUGGAGAGGGUGCGAUGGGAAGGCUUGCCUUGUGGCUUGUCAUUGGCCCAAACGACCUUGGUUCGCGGAGAUCGUUCAUUUACGUCCAAUCUGAUGGCAAGGGGUUUGUUUACCUCUUAACGUUAUUUCUACUCGUUUGGAGGGUGCAAGUGCAGGGUUGUAUGGGUAUAAGUGGCGGGCAUUCGAGCGUUGUUGCCAAAAUCAAGGGAUUGUUCCUUUUCAGAGCUCUCUGGUGGACAUUUUAAUGUUCUUGCAGGGCUGUUCAUUCCCCACCCUGAAGGUGUAUAUGGCAGCUAUUUCAGCGUGUCAUGUGGGGAUUAAUGGUGCCACUCCAGGGGCUCAUCCCAAGCUGUGGGUUUUUAAAAAGGUGUGCGCCGUCUCAGCCCGGUUUCUUAACCUAUUGCGCCCACUUGGGAUUUUGUUUGGAUGUGCUGUGUGAGGCCCCCUUUGGAACCGAUGGAGUCUGUGGAUCUGAAGGUCCUCUCCUACAAGACCGGCCUGCUCGUGGCUUUGGCCUCGGCUAAACGCAUUGGAGAUCUCCAAGGGUUAUCCAUUCACCCCUCCUGCAUGAAUUUCGGUCUUGGCGACUCUAAGGUGACGCUGCGGCCUUCGCCCCUAAGGUCAUGACUAUGCUAGAAGUCUCUAGCUUACAUUCCCUGUGUCUUUGAGCGGACCAGGGGUGUCUGUCUGUGUGACCAAUUUUUUGUCUGUUUUGCUAAUCCGGCUCGUGGUAGGGCGCAUUCUAAGAUGCGGUCUUUCCCACUGGAUUGUGGAGGCUAUUUCUCUGGCAUAUGACAGCAAAAGGCAGGAAUUACCUAAUGAUGUAUGUGCCCACUCCACCAGGGGUCUGGUGGUGUCUUGGGCGUUGUUUUAAGGGGUUGCCUGUAAGAGAUAUUUGUGCUGCGUCGAGUUGGGCAUCACUCAAGGUUGUAUCGCUUGGAUGUCACUGCCCUCAGUAUAGCCCACAGUGUGCUUACGGCUAGGGCAGGAGAAGGUCAUUCGGCAGCGUGCAGAUUGCGCAGUACCGGGUCCGCAGGUUUUCCUGUCAUUUGGUGUCUGCUGGGGUCAGCGUGGGGUGUGAUUUCAUGUCCUCAUAGCUGUGUUGUACCGAGUUGACUAACUGAAAGGGAACAAAGCUAUGACUAUAACUACUGUUCCCUGAAGGAGGGAAAUGAGGUACAACACCUGUUCGUCCAGCGCUGCCAAGUUCUGGGCUCGGUGAAAAGAUGGACUGAAUUAAAGAAAUGAAUCUGUGCAUGGGGUUUAUCACCUGUGGAAGGUGGGGCUUCCGGUGAGGCACAGUGUUCAUUGGCCUUGUCAGAUGUGAUUCUAAUGUUCUUCAGUAGAGGAAGCUAGCACCCGAACUCCCCACAGCUGUGUUGUUCCUCGUUUCUCUCCUUCAGGGAACAAUAGUUAUAUUAAUAACUGUAUGUUUUCCUUAAUGUGUGUUUCACUGAAUGUAAUUAAUUUUGUUACACACCAACAGCUGUUCAAAGCCUUCGGAACCUUCCACUGUAGAACCAAUGGAGUCUGAGGUUCCGUCCUCAAAGAAGGUUACGCUUGUAGAACCCACCAUGACCUCACCCAUUUUGGUUCCAGAACCUCAAGAGGGCAAGGCUGCCAGCUUAACCCCUAAAACAUCGGAACUACAGAAGAUCUCACCCAAACCUUUCCCCCCUACCCCCUCACCUUCAACCCCCACCGCCUCACCCUUUGCCGUCCCAAAGCCAUGGAAGAAGGGGCGGAAAUCAGGGGGCAAUCGUUGGGGCAAUGUAGGAAAAGUCACUAAGGGGACUAAGGUGGCGAUAGCGGCUGUUGCAGCAACAAGCAGCCCGGUAACUGUCGCUAUGCAGCCUCAACUGGACGACGUGGAGGGUCUACUUUUUGUGUCCUUUACUUCCAAGGUAAAACACGACACUCGUGCUCUGAGAGUUAUGGGAAAUGGGAGUUUCAGACAUCCAGAACUGUUCAUUUAGAACUCCUGAGUCGGAAAUACAAGUGGGGAACUUUGUGUAUAUUUGCUGACGGUGCAGACGGUAUUGAAAAAGUAAUCUCUUCCUCUGUGUCACAGGAAGCUCUUGGUGUCCAUGUGGAGGACAUGCCACCCAGUAACACGUCACCAGUCAUGCAGGAACACCCAGAGAAAACUGGUAAGGCUGCAAAGAAGUUCUAUUCUACUGUAUAUACUCUGAAAGGGGCUUGUCAUUCUCUAGCGGCGUACUUUGGCAACAAGACGGCUGGAGACACACAAAAUAGAACAUCAACACCAACUGUUGUUUUCACUGAUUGGCAGUCACAAUACAGUAUGCGUCUCUGAAAGUGUCUCCAGUACUGAUGACACUCUAUUCUAUUCUAACCUAACUGUGUGUGAGCAGUAGUGGAGAGUGAUGAGGAGGAGAAAGCUUGUCUGCAGACUAUCCUACUACAGGACCUGAACACACCUAAACACAGACAAGUCAUCCAUCCUGUCCUACAGGAGGCUGAGUGGACACCACACACUCAUGCAUGCACUCUCAAGCUUUCUCUUUUCCUCUCGCCCCUCUAGCUCUCUUUCCAUGUCUCACCACACACACCUAGGCUUAUACCCUUCUCUGCUCAUGUCCACCAUUCAUAACCAUAACAACCUCUUGUGUGUUAUUCCCCCUAUAGUUGAUCUGAAGUUGAGCUCCCUGGACUCAGGCCUGGCCAUUGAUCUACAGUAUCUGGGGGUGGGUUACCGCUGCCCCGCCUGUGUUCACAGGGCUGGGCAACGCUACCUCCACUGGUGAGUCACACUGAGUGAUGGUUAAUGAUAUGAAAACAAUGGUUAAUUUACUAGCAACGUAGGCUACGGUAGCAAUAAUAGCCACAAAACACACCAGUGAGAUUGGUGGUUGUUUUGACUUUCACGUGCACUCUCCAAAAUCUCCAGCGAUCAUGAUCUGGGAUGUCAACACAAGACUUACUUGCUUUCACUGGGUUAUUAUUCUAAUUUGAGUAAAGCCAUUAGUAGCAGGCCCGGGGAUUUUGUCAUAGUUGCCAACAAGGGAACGUAUUAAUUGACUUAUUAUUAUUAUUAUUAUUAUUAUUCCCUAAUUGAGAAAUGUUAAUGCCUAGCCUAGUAGUAAAUGAAUUACACUUGAAAGAUGAUAGCGGUUUUUCAAUUACAUGGCUCAGCUAGUUUAAUGCAUUAGAGUCACUGAGUCCUUAAUAAGCAGUUUACUGUCUUCAUCCACAGAUAAUAAGGCAAGGCAAUUACGGGAUUUACACCAACCUAAACACUCAGAAUUAGCCCUAGUGAUGUGACUCCCUCCACAGCUAUACUGUGGUAGAAUGGGGGAGUGUUAAUGGUUGAGGUUAUUGUUUGGUCCGAUAAUAACCCCUCAAGCCCCAUCCUCGUCAGUGUUUGCAGAUCUGAAGGGACUGGAUAGGUGCAAUAUACUUAGUCUCCAUACCCCGAAGAGGUAGUGGCUAGGUGAAGGGUCUAGACUAGAGGUUGAUUUGGAAUUGAGCCUUUUGUCUCUCUCUAAUUACCUUGUAUACUCCAAACACUAAGGGGGUAGAGGCUAGGUUAAGGGUCUAGUGGUUGAUUUGAAAUUGGGCCUGUGUCUCUCUCUAAUGACCUUGUUGCCUCUCUGUGCAGAUGGAAGCAGGUCCUUUGUCUCCAGGACGGGGAAGACCAGUGACCUGACCAAAAUCAAGGGCUGGAGGGAAAAGUUCAUAAGGACCAGAGAGUCCUCUCAGAACCACAACCCCAACCGCUCUGCCUUCUGCAGCGACAUGCUCAACCAAUACCUGGAGAGCCAGGCCCAGCGAAUCAGGGCCUACGCCGCCGCUUUCUCCCACAACCCCCUGGGCUCCGUGGCUUAUCAGCUACCUGUGACCAGCACCAGCUACGUGCGGACCCUCGACAGCGUUCUGAAGACGCGGGCCCUUCCGCCUCAGCCACCGGCCUUCUGUAGACCCUGCCCCCUCUCCCGGAAACCUCUCCUGUACGCUGCUCUAAAGGAGCCCCCUCCACCUAUCAACGACCACAUGACCCCUCCUAAAGCAGCCAAGCCCAAACCAAAACAUGCACCACCACAAGGCAAACAGCACCAUAUAACACCACCACAAGACAAACAGCACCAUAUAACACCAGCACAAGGCAAACAGCACCAUAUAACACCAGCACAAGGCAAACAGCACCAUAUAACACCAGCACAAGGCAAACAGCACCAUAUAACACCAGCACAGGGCAAAGGCAGAUCUGCCUCUCUACUACGGCCCAUUCAGGUCUCCAACAGUAACAAAACUACUGCUGCUAAAGCUAUAGCUGAGGUUAAAGUCACCAGCCCUACUGCACAAAGGUAAGGGCAUGCAAUUAAAGACACGUAAUACCCAUGCCAAGUCAUAAAGUAUAGACAUCUCUCUAUAUCUGAUGUUGACCCAAAGCAAUAUGAAAUGAGUCUGACAUUUUUCAUAGUUGUGAUGUUCUGUAGAUAUGUUUGUUUGAGAUUGAGCAAGUCUCAGUUUUUUACCCUACAAUGGACAAUAAAGCUUUUGAAUAAACAUUAUCCUCGUACCUAUAGGUCUCCUCCAGGUAAGGGGGCAGUGAGGAGGGACACCAGCCCAGGAGGAAGCCUCUCCAGCGGGUUGAGUGGCCUCUCUAAGAACCAGCUCAGACUGGUUGGCCUCUCUAAGAUCCAGCUGAAAAUGAUGGAGAUGGAGGAUGCCACCUUCUACCAGGGACACGACAGAACACACAUCACUACUGAGAGGGUGGAGACGGCCCUGAGGGCCCUGCUCACUGCACAGGUAGGUCUGACACACACACACACACACACACACACAUAUACAUACACACACACACACACUGUCUGAUGGUCUCUCUGUCUGUACCCUACAGGGUCUUCCUAAGAGCAGUGCCCCCAAGUCCAGCCAAGUGGACGGUCCAGAGUGUGGUUCUGAGUUCUGCAGGCUGGGGUGUGUGUGUUCCAGCCUGGCCCGGGUGUCCAGGGGUCCACUCCACUGCUACAGGCCAGACUGUAUGUUGGGCUGCUCCUGCUUCAAACGCAAGAUCUCCAAACAGACCACAGCAGCAGAGAAUGACCAGAACCAGAUGCUUCCUGUUUACAGUAAGUUCCUAUCCAGGGUGACUGUAUUUGGGGACUUGUGAGUGGGCGCCAAAGGCACAUUUGUCUCAGAAUGUACACCAAAUGAAUGAAACAUUGCACAUCAACUUGAACAAGCUAAUGAAAGUGUCUCCUCCUCUCCCUGUCCAGCUAUGUCUAACGUGGACCAUGAGAUCCAGCCCAAUCGAGGCAUCCGCGUCUCUACCCUGUGGGACCUCACCUCGGGGGUGGACCCCGAACCCCUCUUCAUCCCCAUAACUGCCCCCAACAUACCCAUCAAGCUUCUAACCAGGAUCUACCACCUUGUUCCCAAGCGUUACAUCCCUCAUCUCACCCCUGAGGUAAAUUACACAGUCAUAGUAUGCGUCACAAAUGGCACCCUUUUCCCUUUAUAGUGCACUACUUUUGACCAAAGCCAUAUGGGUCCUGAACAAAAGUAGUGCACUAUAUAGGGAACAUGGUACCAUUUGGGACACAGCCCAUAGUGUCAAACUACCACCCUGAAUUGGGUAAGUUACAGGACUGGAGCAAAUGGUGAAAACGUUGAUUUCAGAAAAGCUGUAUAUAAAAAAGAUAUGAUGGAUUAUGUGUGUGUGUGUGUCUGCAGCUACGAGAGGAGGACAAGGACCCAGUAUACAAGUACUAUGAGAGUAUGAUGACGUGCGCCGGCAUCAGAGAGUUCAACAGCAAACCCUGUCCCCAGGUGCUGCCACCACAGGUGCACCUAUUCAACGACAGUAACAGUUUCAUCAUCCCCAGCAGCGGAAAG